AUGGCUAGCUUCACAGAAGAAGCAAUGGAUAACUACAUGUACUCAGCAUAUAACCCUUAUUCUUACAGAUACCUUAAUCCUAAAAAUAAGGGAGUUAGCUGGAGGCAGAAAAAUUAUCAUCUGACUAAUUAUGGAGAUGCUGGGGAGUACUUUGAUAAUUACCAGAGGGCUCAGCUGAAGGCUAUCUUGUCUCAAGUCAAUCCUAACCUCACUCCAAGGUUGAGGAAAGCGAAUACAAGAGAUGUUGGCAUUCAGGUAAAUCCCAGGCAGGAUGCCUCUGUUCAAUGCUCAUUAGGCCCCAGGACCCUUCUGAGGAGGAAGCUUGGGGCCAUUAGGAAACCACCACAACCUCCCCAAACCCAAGGCAGCCCUGCUUCACCCACCAAGGCAGUGCGCUUCCCCAGGACCCUGGCUGUGUACUCCCCUGUGGCUACGGGGAGGCUGGCUCCUUUCCAAGAGGAGGACCUGGAAAAGGCAGAGGAGGACCAGGAGAAGGCAGAAGAGGAACUCCAGAGAGAAGAAGAACCCAAACCACAAAGGCCGAGAGCAGAGGAGAGCCAGGUGCAAGAGCAAACCCAGGAGGAGCCUAAAGAGAGCCCUGAGGUCCAGCAAGAAGCCUCUCUUGGGCAGACUAGAGUGAAGUUCCAGUUCCUGGAACAGAAAUAUGGUUAUUACCACUGUAAAGACUGCAACAUUCGAUGGGAAAGUGCUUAUGUAUGGUGUGUGCAGGGUACUAACAAGGUGUACUUCAAACAGUUUUGUAGGACCUGUCAGAAGACCUUUAAUCCUUACAGAGUGGAGGACAUAAUGUGUCAAAGUUGUAAGCAAACCAGAUGUGUCUGUCCAGUGAAACUUCGCCACGUAGACCCAAAAAGGCCACAUCGCCAGGAUUUGUGUGGCAGAUGCAAGGGCAAAAGGUUGUCUUGUGAUAGCACCUUCAGCUUCAAAUAUAUUAUCUAACCCAAUCCCCCAACAAGUUCCUGUCCUGCUGUCGUUAUUUUGGCAACGAUCCAUGUUUUUGUUUAACUUUUUCAUUUUGGAGCAAACAAAUAGGCAGGCUGUAUCACUAAUAAACCUUUACCACCGCAUCCUAUAUAGUAUACCUCAAACUUUUUCACUUUAUGUAAGAAAAGUCUAU